ACUUCGUUGCCGUAUUUAAUGCUCCUAAAAUUUUAUUUCGUUUUCUUCAAACAAUACAUCUGGUUGUUUUUCUCUAUAAAGCACAUUGUUCUUUAUCUUCCAUUCACAAACCAGACAUCACACUCUUGUCUCUUCUUCUUCUUCUUGUUCGAUAUUACCUGCGGUCAUCCGUCAGAUGGAGGGAUCAACGGCUGCGAUCAUCCUAGGCGUGGUGGCAGCCUACAUGUUAUGGUUCGUGCUGAUCUCAAGGUCCCUAAGAGGUCCACGUGUCUGGCCCCUAUUGGGCAGUCUCCCCGCCCUCAUCAAGAACGCACACCGCAUGCACGACUUCAUCGCCGAUAACCUCCGCACGUGCGGAGGCACGUACCAGACAUGCACACUCGCGAUUCCCUUCCUAGCCACGAGCCAAAGUCACGUGACUGUCACCUGCUCUCCGAAGAACCUGGAGCACAUCCUCAAGACCCGGUUCGAGAACUACCCCAAGGGUCCGAGCUGGCAAUCCGUCUUCCACGAUCUGCUCGGCGACGGGAUCUUCAACUCCGACGGUGACACGUGGCGGUUCCAGCGUAAGACCGCCGCACUGGAAUUCACCACCCGCACGCUUCGCCAAGCCAUGGGUCGUUGGGUUAACCGGGCGAUCAAGAACCGGCUCAUACCGAUUCUCGAGACGGCUCAGACCCGAACUGAACCGGUCGACCUCCAGGAUAUUCUCCUCCGGUUAACUUUCGAUAACAUAUGCGGUUUAGCUUUCGGGAAAGAUCCGAGAACGUUGUCGCCGGAAUUUCCAGAGAACAGCUUCGCUUCAGCCUUCGACCGAGCCACUGAAGCAACGCUUCAACGGUUUAUAAUGCCGGAGUCUAUAUGGAAGCUCAGGAAAUGGCUAGGGCUUGGCAUGGAAUCCGACAUGAGCCGCAGUCUUCGCCACGUGGACGGAUACUUAUCCGACAUCAUCACUACUCGCAAGCUCGAGCUGCUGAGUCAGCAAUCCGAUGAUGGUUCCCACCACGACGACUUGUUGUCUCGGUUCAUGAGGAAGAAGGAGUCCUACUCGGACGAGUUUCUCAAAUACGUGGCAAUGAAUUUCAUCCUAGCUGGACGGGACACGUCAUCCACUGCCAUGAGCUGGUUUUUCUGGUUAAUAAGCAUAAACCCGGAAGUCGAGGAGAAGAUCGUGACAGAAAUCUGCACAGUUCUGAUGGCGACACGUGGCAAAAACGUAUCUGAAUGGACAGAUGAACCGUUGACUUUCGAAGAAGUUGACCGGUUGGUAUAUCUAAAAGCGUCAUUGUCCGAGACGCUGCGAUUAUACCCGUCCGUGCCCGAAGACUCGAAGUAUGUCGUGAAUGACGAUGUUCUACCCGACGGAACAUUCGUCCCGAAAGGCUCGAACGUAACAUAUUCGAUAUAUUCGAUGGGCCGGAUGAAGUUUAUAUGGGGAGAAGACUGUUUAGAAUUCAAACCCGAACGUUGGAUACUUUCGAAUUCGGAUAUAGAUACCGAAAUACGUAAUAAUCAGUAUAAAUUCGUGGCGUUCAAUGCCGGCCCGAGGAUCUGUUUGGGCAAAGAUUUGGCAUAUUUGCAGAUGAAAUCGAUAGUGGCAGCCGUUUUGCUCCGACACCGGAUAACGGUGGCGGCGGGACACAAAGUGGAACAGAAGAUGUCGUUAACGUUGUUCAUGAAGUAUGGUCUUAAAGUGAAUGUGCAUAAAAGAGACUUAACGUCCGUUCUGGAAAAAUUGAAUGGUUAGGACUUAGAACAAUGAUACAGUGGUAUGUGUGGCAGAAAUGAAAUUAUCGGGGUUAUCAUGGGCAAAUGCACGGUUUAGUAAUUGUAUGUUUUUUUUUUCU